CAAUAAAGUUUUGAUGAGUACAGACUCCCUUUUCCUUGGCAAGAUGGCGGAGUACGACUUGACUACUCGAAUCGCACACUUUUUGGAUCGGCAUCUAGUGUUUCCGCUGCUUGAGUUUCUGUCGGUAAAGGAGAUAUAUAAUGAAAAAGAAUUACUACAAGGGAAAUUGGAUCUUCUUAGUGAUACCAACAUGGUGGACUUUGCUAUGGAUGUAUACAAAAACCUUUAUUCUGAUGAUAUUCCUCACGUUACCGGUGCUGUCGAGUGGAUUCUGACUCAUGGUGACCCCACAUGUUGCAGAGUAGAACUGUUCCAUAGGGUUUUCAAACCUUUCGGAAGCAAAUCACCAGGCCUUUCUUCUGAGGCACCUCUGGCUUUAAGAGAAAAAAGAACCACAGUUGUUGCACAACUGAAACAACUUCAGGCAGAAACAGAACCAAUUGUGAAGAUGUUUGAAGAUCCAGAAACUACAAGGCAAAUGCAGUCAACCAGGGAUGGUCGGAUGUUAUUUGACUACCUGGCGGACAAGCAUGGUUUCAGGCAGGAAUAUUUAGACACUCUCUACAGGUAUGCAAAAUUCCAGUAUGAAUGUGGAAAUUACUCAGGAGCAGCAGAAUAUCUUUACUUUUUUAGAGUGCUGGUUCCAGCAACAGAUAGAAAUGCGCUGAGUUCACUUUGGGGAAAACUGGCCUCUGAAAUCUUAAUGCAGAAUUGGGAUGCAGCCAUGGAAGACCUUACACGGUUAAAAGAGACCAUAGAUAAUAAUUCUGUGAGUUCUCCACUCCAGUCUCUUCAGCAGCGAACAUGGCUCAUUCAUUGGUCUCUGUUUGUUUUCUUCAACCACCCCAAAGGCCGUGAUAACAUUAUUGAUCUCUUCCUUUACCAGCCACAGUAUCUUAACGCAAUUCAGACAAUGUGUCCACAUAUUCUCCGCUAUUUGACUACAGCAGUCAUAACAAACAAAGAUGUUCGAAAACGCCGGCAGGUGCUAAAAGACCUAGUCAAGGUUAUUCAACAGGAAUCUUACACAUAUAAAGACCCAAUUACAGAGUUUGUUGAAUGCUUAUAUGUUAACUUUGACUUUGAUGGGGCUCAGAAAAAGCUGAGGGAAUGUGAAUCAGUUCUUGUGAAUGACUUUUUCUUGGUGGCUUGUCUUGAGGAUUUCAUUGAAAAUGCCCGUCUUUUCAUAUUUGAGACUUUUUGUCGCAUCCAUCAGUGUAUCAGCAUUAACAUGUUGGCAGAUAAACUGAACAUGACCCCAGAGGAAGCUGAAAGAUGGAUUGUGAAUUUGAUUAGAAAUGCAAGACUGGAUGCCAAGAUUGAUUCUAAAUUAGGUCACGUGGUUAUGGGUAACAAUGCAGUGUCACCCUAUCAGCAAGUGAUUGAAAAGACCAAAAGCCUUUCAUUUAGAAGCCAGAUGUUGGCCAUGAAUAUUGAGAAGAAACUUAAUCAGAAUAGUAGGUCAGAGGCUCCUAACUGGGCAACUCAGGACUCUGGCUUCUACUGAUGAACUGGUUUUAAAAAAAAGAUGAAAAAACUAAAAAGAAAGAUGUGACAAUAAAACCAUUAUGUAAAAUGUGAUGUACAUUUUAGAAACAACAAUUUGAGUAUAAAUUUUGGAGAGUUUGAAUAAAAUUGGUUGUGCUUCAUUUUA